CCGCUUCCCCCAUCUAAAUCUGAAAGCAUUUGGUCGAACGCUUUCUUCCGAGAACCCUCAAAAUGCUUCUCCGCUCUGGCAUUUCCCCCUGCUCUCUUCCUUUCCAAGCUCUCCCCAUCUCCUCCUCCUCCUCCUCCCUUUCUUCUUCCGCUUCUUAUUCCAAAGUUACUUUAGGGUUCCACCAGAACGUUGCCGUCCUGCAGUCCGAGCGGAGACCCGGGUACCCGAUCCUCUGUUCGAUCUCUCAGGUCCAUAGCUACGGGACGGUGGACUAUGAGCGGAGGCCGGUGCUUAAGUGGAACUCGCUCUACCGCCGGAUCUCCACCAUGGAGGACCCCAGCCUCGGGUCCGGAAUCGUGCUGGACCGGUGGGAGGCGGAGGAGAGGCGGCUAUCGAAGUGGGACCUCUGCCGCGUCGCCAAGGAGCUGAGGAAGUUCCGCCGCCACAAGCUUUCUCUUGAGGUCUAUAACUGGAUGGCUGCACAAGGGGAUCGAUUUACUCUUACAUCUAGUGACAUGGCGAUUCAGUUGGAUCUCAUUGCUAAAGUACAUGGCAUUUCACAUGCUGAAAAUCACUUUUCAAACCUUCCUGAUAACUUAAAGGACAAGCGCACAUAUGGCGCUCUUUUAAAUGUUUAUGGCCAAGCAAAGAUCAAAGACAAGGCAGAGGCCAUUAUGGAGACAAUGAAAAGCAAAGGCUAUGCAAGUGAUGCUCUUCCAUUCAAUGUCAUGAUGACUCUUUACAUGAACGUUGAAGAGCAUGAGAAAGUUGGUAUGUUGAUUAAUGAAAUGAAAGAGAAAAAUGUGACUUUCGAUAUAUACACCUAUAAUAUAUGGAUAACAAAUUGUGCUUCUAUGGAAGAUGUAGAGGAGAUGGAACGAGUGGUAGCAGAAAUGACUUCUGACAGCAAUAUAAAUGCAAAUUGGACCACAUACACUACACUUGCUACAAUGUACACUAGACUUGGCAAUUUUGAAAAGGCAGAGAGUUGCUUAAAGGAUGCUGAGAUCAGAAUGACUGGCAGGGACCGAACACCUUUUAAUUAUCUUAUUGGCCUCUAUGGAAAUAUUGGGAAGAGAGAAGAAGUUUAUCGAAUUUGGAAUUGGUACAAAUCAAGCUUCCCUAGCAUCCUAAAUUUGGGUUACCAAUCAAUGCUUUCUUCUUUGAUACGACUUGGAGAUAUGGAUGGAGCUGAAGUGAUAUAUGAAGAGUGGCUAUCAAGCACAUCGAGCUAUGAUCCCAGGAUCUGCAACAUCCUAAUGAGUUCAUACGUCAAGGAAGGGCUAGUUGGUAAGGCAAAAGAUGUUCUUGAUGGAUUUCUAGAGAAAGGUGGGAAGCCAAAACCAAACACAUGGGAGUUCCUUGCAGAAGGCUAUACGAAGGAGAAGCGGCUUUCAGAGGCACUACUGUGUAUAAAAGCAGCAGCAUCAUCUGAAGGUGUACACAGGUGGAGGCCUAGACCUACAAACAUCACAAACCUCCUGGAACUCUGCAAGGAGAAAAAUGACAUGGAUAGUUUGGAUAUGUUGAUGGACUUGCUAAGAAGUAGAGGACUGGAAAAUUUGUACAUGACCCCCAUGGUAACUCAUGAUUAAAAUGAAGCCUCUCCCUUAUUUAUAUUGACAACUCAACACCUUGGCUUCAUUUCAUUCAAAGAGUCCAUUGCAAGUUCGAAAGAAGAAAAUCUUUUGAAUAUCUUAUUUUUUCUUUAUCUUUUAACAAAUUUUCUCCACCACCUCUGCUGCAACAUCCUGCCAUUUCUUCAUCCAGCACAUUGCAGUUUCUCCUCUGGUGAUGACCUACCUCCUCCACCAUCUUUUCUACUAUUCAGCCUCUUCCUUUCCCAUACUAUUACUGCCAACACACUGUCCCCACCUGUCUUCCUCCACUUUCCCACCUCGUCUACACACACAAGGUGGUGGCAAAGGCAGAUGAAGAGAAUGAAGAGAGGAAGUGGAAUGAAAUGAUAUUGGCAAUAACUUAAGUUAGGAUCUGCUUUAAAUUAAAUUAAUAAAUGAUGUGUCAGAGUAAGAGUACUGGUAAGGUUGUUGUAUUUACUUGUGGGUUAUCGUGGAUAAUUAUCUACAAAAUUCUCCAUCGGAGCUAGUGAGGAGAUAUAAAAGUUGACUAGCACACGACAACAUAGUGGUGAUUGUUGGAAAAGAUGAUUAUUUUACGAGCAGUGGAUGCUGAUUCACAUAAUAUGCUUUCUCGUUUUCUGAAAUGGAUCUGAUUCACAUGA